AUGACCUCCAACAUAAAUCAUACGAAUGAACAACUUCCUUGUACAGAAAAUCACUCGGAGUUGAAAGAAGUUUUGAAACCGUGCGGUAAACUUCCGCCGACAAACGACAUAAAAUUGGAUCGAUCUUACUUCAAACGUAAAGUCCCAAUGAUAUUCGUCGGUAUUCAAUGUGAUAAACAUGUCAAGACGUCUUUAGAGAAGUUGAAACCAUUUUUCUGUCCUUUUAUCCGACUACCUAAAAUAUCUAAAACUUACCGAGAUUCAAAUGGAUCGUUGCGUAAAUUGAUGCUGGUUCAAAUGCCUGAACCUGAUAAAAUCUUACAGUUUAUAACUGAUUUAAAUCAGUGGAACGUUGAUUUACCUAAAGAUUACGCAAAUCUUCAACCAGUCGAUUUAUCUGUAGCUAAAUUGCCCGAAUGUCUAAACGAUUUGAAAGCUGAAAAUUCAUUGAACGAUGAAGCAUUUAAAAAAGUUAGUGUUGUAGAAGAAGAGAUAAAUAUGUUGGAAAAUAUUGUCACCUCACCAUGUCUCGUGAAUAUGUCGAUCGGUUAUGAAAAUUUCACAUUCGAACAAGUUAUCAAGGAAUUGUUGCCUGAUUUCAUCUUGCCUAUUACUGGGUUUACUAUAAUUGGUCACGUUAUACAAUUUAAUCUCAAAACUGAAGCGUUACCCUACCGUCAUAUUAUUGGUUCCAGAUUGCGCGCUUCCCGAUGUCGUGACUGUAAACUCAGAAGUGAAUAUCGUGGAAUGGGGGAUCUUAACCUUCUAAAACCAUAUGCCGUUUUUGAACAACUAUUUGAGCAGAAGAUUAGAAUAGAAGACAGGGAUUGUCUCGAGUUUGCUGAUAUAAACGUCGCUGCUGGUGUCUUAACCUCCUGUCAUGGUUCAGCUCUUGUCAAAGUCGGAAAAACUCAGGUGAUUGCAGGUGUAAAGGUCAAGGUAAUUCCAGAAAGCGGAAACUCAGGCAACAUAACCUGCAAUGUCGAGUUUGCUGGUCUCUGUCAUAGAGGUUCACGUUUAAAUGCUCCACAACCUAAGUAUGCUCAGUGGCUGUCUUCUACAAUCCAAAGACUCCUGAAUAAUUUUGCAUUCCCAUCUAUUGAAAACCAGCUAAACAUAUUCUCAAUAAAUGACCCAGACACACUUACACCGGUAGCUUCCUACACUUUGAAGCUCGAUGUCUUCAUCCUUCAUGACGAUGGGUGCUUACUAGAUGCUUGUGUCCCCGCUGCACUUGUUAGUCUUUGUACAACAAAGUGGACAAAGUUAUAUGCGGUUACGGAUGAACAAGCUGCGGGAUCCUAUUUAGAGUUAUAUAAACCAGGACCACGAAAUGAGACAAAAUCCCUAAAAAUGAAUGGCCUGUUUCACUGUCUUUCUGCUUCGUUCCUCGCCCGGUUGCUGAUAGAAAGUUAAAGACAGUCCCUAUUAUUGCCCAACCAACGAAACGAGAGUUAGAUAUUUGGGAUACUGAUGCUGGUCCAGUACACAUAACUGUUUCUCAGGGUGCCGUCGUCGAUCUUUCUGUGGUCAGUGCAUUUUUAACGGGUCUUUGGGACAGUUUAUUUGUAACGAGUGCAAAUGAAAGUGAUGUAGUCAACUCAUGGGAAGUUUUGUUUGAUUCUGCCGUUUCUCAUGCUCAGAAAGUUCUACAGAUAAUCCAAAAAGCAGUAAACUAGUUUGUA